AUGCUCGCAACGCAAUUCGCACGGCUCCAAUUCCGCGCGGAGAAAACCCACUGGACGAAAUUCAUCGCCAUGCAGAACCAGUACAACCUCCUCUACUGCGAGGAAGAGCGGGAGAUGAACGCCUUUUUCCAACGAGACGGGCGUCGGCGCCUCGGAGCGGAGCGCGCUCGAAAAGGGCGCGGAUUCAAAAGCGAUGGUUUCGGCGUCCGGGUCACCUGGGCUGGACGAGACGGAUUUGGCGAGCCCUGGCGUGGAUUCUGCCGCAUGGAGGAGGCGAUUGCGGCUGUGGGCAAAGUGUUGAGUGCUGCGGAGGAGGAGUCGCUCGAGGCGCUGUAUUGGCCCAAGGCGUAUUUGAUUGCCGAGUCGCUGUGA